GAAAGAGCCUCCUGCGGGGCUUCGCGGCUCCGGGUGAAAGCGCCGCCACCAUGGACCUCAUGGGGCUGCUGAAGUCGCAGUUCCUGUGCCACCUCGUCUUCUGCUACGUGUUCAUCGCCUCGGGGCUCAUCGUCAACGCCAUUCAGCUCCUCUCGCUCGCGCUCUGGCCCAUUAACAAGCAGCUGUUCCGGAAGCUCAACUGCCGCUUGUCCUACUGCGUGUCCAGCCAGCUGGUGAUGCUGCUGGAGUGGUGGUCGGGCACCGAGUGCGUCAUCCACACGGACCCCCAGGCCUACCCCAAGUUCGGGAAAGAAAACGCCAUCGUGGUCCUGAACCACAAGUUCGAGAUCGACUUCCUCUGCGGGUGGAGCCUGGCCGAGCGCUUCGGGGUUUUGGGGGGCUCCAAGGUGCUGGCCAAGAAGGAGCUGGCCUACGUGCCCAUCAUCGGCUGGAUGUGGUACUUCACCGAGAUGGUCUUCUGCACGCGCAAGUGGGAGCAGGACCGCAAGACCGUCUCGAAGAGCUUGCUGCACCUCCGGGACUACCCCGAGAAGUACUUCUUCCUGAUCCACUGCGAGGGCACUCGCUUCACGGAGAAGAAACACCAGAUCAGCAUGCAGGUGGCCCAAGCCAAGGGGCUGCCCAGCCUCAAGCACCACCUGCUGCCGCGCACCAAGGGCUUCGCCGUCACUGUGAGGAGUUUGAGAAAUGUAGUUUCAGCUGUAUAUGACUGUACACUCAAUUUCAGAAACAAUGAAAACCCCACCCUGCUGGGAGUGCUGAACGGCAAGAAAUACCACGCCGACCUCUACGUCAGGCGCAUUCCCCUGGAGGAGGUGCCGGAGGACGAGGGCAGGUGCUCGGCCUGGCUCCACAAGCUGUACCAGGAGAAGGACGCCUUCCAGGAGGAGUACUACAGGACGGGCACCUUCCCCGAGACGCCCAUGGUGCCCCCCCGGCGGCCCUGGGCGCUGCUGAACUGGCUGUUCUGGGCCUCGCUGCUGCUCUACCCCUUCUUCCGCUUCCUGGUCAGCAUGGUCAGCAGUGGGUCCUCCCUCACGCUGGCCAGCUUCGGCCUUGUCUUCUUUGUGGCCUCCAUGGGGGUCCGAUGGAUGAUCGGGGUGACGGAAAUUGACAAGGGCUCUGCCUACGGCAACAUCGACAGCAAGCAGAAGCAGAACGACUGACUCAGGACUCGUUCAGUCCCCAGGGGACUUGGGGAACUGGUGCACGCUGCCGUCUCCCUCGGUGGGACCCGGUGAGGACGCUGGGAGCCCCUGCUGGGGAGGCAGGGAGUCUGGUCUCAGCGCUGCCGGAUGGGGGGAGAUGUGCUUCCUCUCUCCUCCCCUAUGCUUUAGUGGGUCCAGUUCUUUUUUCCCCUGCGUGUGAGUGUGUGUGUGUGCGUGUGAGAAGAACUCGAGGUGAGGAUGUGCGGCUGAGUGCCGGCCUUGUCCUGUGACCACACCCGGUGUCCAAGGUGCGGGGGGCAGGCAUGGGGAGUGAGGGGAGCUGUCCCUUUUUUCCUCUGGUGCUGUUUUCUGUAACCCUGGCUGCCAGAGAUAGAGUGAAAGGCGCUGUAGGUAAGGUGAUUAAAUUAUGCCUCCAAAAAA